AUGACGCCGUCCAUCGUCGACGGCUUAGCUGCAUUGCAGUCGUCGGAAGAGCACCCGACGGAGAAGCAGCUGGCCGACUGCACUGGCGAAGCACAGACGAAAAUGCCUUUGCUAAAGGAUGCCGCCGUCGGCAAUCCAAUCUCCCACGGGCAGAUUAUAGAUCUUUGGCAGAAACUCCAGUCAUCACACAGCCCGUGCAGUCUGGAAAAGUUGCUUCAAGGAUCGCGGGUCUACAUCCCACCACCAGCACCCAAACCUGCACCGUCUGCGGAAUACAAAAACCUCAUGGCCCGCCUGCACCGAGAAGAAGCGGCUCGAGAGUACGAACGCAUGGUCAACCCCCCGCCGCGCCUGCAGACGUUCAACGAACUCUUUCCCCACGGCGCGCAGUCUUACGCCGAGGCGAACCGGCCGAUGAAGGAAGACAUUGGCGACGACGACGUCACAUACAGCGAAGUGCACCGCCAGGUGAUGCUCAUUAUUAAUUUCCUCGUCAGCAUCGUCGGCGUCGCCGCCACGCUGUGGGUGACGGCCCGUUGGUGGAGCACGCCGGCGCGUCUGCUCCUGACGCUGGGCGGUAGCAUCCUGGUGGCCGUCGCCGAGGUGUUUGUGUACCAAGCCUACUUGUGGAGGAUGGGGCAGUCCAAGACGAAACAAAAGACGACCAAGGAGAUCAAAGAGGUGGUCCAGACGUGGGUCGUUGCCAAGGAGGAAGACCCGAUACUGCUGCAGGAUCACGACGAGGUGGAUGGGACGACGAGGAAAAGGAUACGGAAGCCCAAGGCAGAAACAUAG